GUUGCGCCUCCAACCAUUCACUCCAAGCGCUUCCUCGCAGGUGAGCUCUCCGCCAUUGAUGCCGUCUCGCAACCCUAACCCUAGAAAUCCCCGGGUGUUCCAAACGCCUGUACCUUCCUCUCAUGGCGCUGCAGCUCCGUAAGCUUAUCUUCCCAUCCAUCAUGAAUCAGUACAGGGGGAUGCGAAAUUUUUCAAGUUUUUGUGGACCUUUGGGUGUAGGUUUGAAUUCUUGUAUCCCUGUGAGGAUUUGUUUUGCUAAUAGUUUUGUGAGUGGUAGGGUUUACGGGCAAUUGAAUGUCGGGAACGGUUUGAGAUUGGAAUCAUUUUCUCAGCGCAGUAGUAUAAGGUUGUUGUCGUUCGGGAGUAGGAAAAGGUACCCUUUUAAAGCGAGGUCGAGGGAGGUUGGUGAUAGUGUUGUCUUGCAAGAGGGAAAGGAAAAUUCUUUGAAUGAAGGGCACUUAGAUGCGAGGAAGCAGGAGGAGCCAGUAAUGGCUGGCAGUAGCCUCAAUGAGCUGCUGGAUGUUAAAAUAAAAAUGACUAUGCUUAAAAAGGCACUUAAAUAA